AUGGCUCGUGGCACAGAGCGCCUGCACAUCGCUUCUCUCCUCGUCGCAUCGCUGGUCAUCGGGAUCAUCUGCGGUCCCGCGCCUAUCGCGGCGUCGGUACUGGACGAUGCAAUCAACAAGGCGAACUCGAUGGCGACUCAGAUGGGAGCAGACGCGACUACCACAGAGCUCGUUCUCAAAUCCAACGUAGAGCUCACGGCCCGCCUCCCCGCACUCUCAGGCGCGGCCAAGCUGACCAUCAAGGGCGCGUGCGGAUCUACCGGAAUCGACAAGUGCAUCAUCAGCGGGCGUGGCGCCUUCCCCAUAUUCACCUCCCCCUCGACGAUCAACACGGCGGGGCAGUUGACUCUGGUCAACCUCAGCUUCCAGUACGCGCUGGGAGGCGUCUUUUCCAAGGUGCUGACGCCAGUCAACGCGAGUCAAUGCAAUUUCGCCCACAACGUGGCUGCUGCUGACGCUGGCGGAGGGGUGCUCAGAGACAACAUCACGAUAAUGCCCGUGCCUCCCAAGCGUCUCUUCAUGAACUGCAUCUUUUACAACAACUCCUCUCCCGCUCUGGGGGGUGGCGCCGUCAACAUAGACGCUCACACCUUCAACGCCACGGGCCUCACUGACCGCGUGCCGGCUCUCACCUUCCUGCGCUGCCGAUUCAAGGACAACAGCGCACCCACGCAUGUGGGGGGGGCGGUUAGGGUGGCAGGGACGGCCAGGCUGCGCUUUGAGAGUUGUCUCUUUGAUGGGAACAGUGCUGGUGUUUCUGGGGGAGCCAUCUACGCUAAAGACGCCUUCCUCACACUCGUCAAAGCCACCCUGAACUACAACAAGGCUCUCGGCACCUCCACUGUCAACACGGUUACCACCGGCGAAGGCGGAGCAGCCUACGCCGCGGCGUCGGGGCGAAACAGCGAGGCUGCGAUGCGCUUCUGCUCGUCGACCUUCCAGGGGAACACCGCCAAGUUCACGGACGGCAGCACGCUGUACAUGGAGACGGGCUGGGGGUCGUCGUGGGCGGCGGUGCUGUCGAUUUGCGACGGGAGCAAGCCGACUGGCACGGUGGUGCCCACGAGUGGAUGGAAGCUCGUGACCGGCUGCCCCGCCAGGUGA